UAAAGUGACCGAAAGGUCACGCUUGGGGACCAAAUACGCCAUUUAUGCGGCACCCAAUUUAACAACAAAAACAUUGCCAUUUUCGACAUUAUCAUUCACUCAUCACUAACCAGUUGACCCGUCGGACUGCUGCAAAUUCCUAAUAAGGGCAUUAUUUACAAGCCUCCGGCGAUAUUAUUCCCGGCAGCUCCAGGAAACCCUAAUAAUGGCUUCUCCUAUACCACCACCAAGCUCCGCCGCUUCCGGCGGCUUCCAAAACCCUAACAAGUCAUUAAGCUUCUUUGCAAACGCAAUGAAGAGAAAGGACAGUUUCAUACAGUUCUUCGCUAUGACUGGAAUCCUUCUAUUGAGCGUUCGAUCACUCGGGCAAAAGUAUCGCAUACAUGAUCUCAUGGAGGAUAAUGCUGCGCUGGAGGAAGAACAACAAGGACUUGUUCAGCGAAUGAAUCAUAUCAGGCAAAGCUUACUUGCUGAAGCUGCUCUUGACCCCACUGGCCGCUUUGCUUCACGCCUUCACCGCCUUUUUGGCGAAGACAGUUGAAGAAUAUGAUUAUGUUGUUCUAGGUAUCAUGGAUUCAAAUGUACGUGUGGGGAAGGUUAUUUGAUAUCUCCCAUCUGGAAUGCCCGUUGAAUCUUGUCAUGCCAAAGCAUUAUUGACCUUCAAUCCCCCAAUCUCGACUCUAGAGAUCAUGAUAUGCAGUUCAUAUACUUAACAAUAACCUUCCACUUUGUUGCAUCAACGGAUGGAGAUUUACUUGUGAAUUUUCGUUCUCUUAUUGUAAAAGCUCCUUUUAUUCCAGAUUUAUCUUUCUUAUUUGAAUCUUGUAAUUUUUUCAACACCUUGAUACUUCUUCUUUGGUUUGAUUGAAAAAGGAAACCAAGGAAACAAAUCUUCAAUGGAUAUGUAGGCAACUCUGUUUGAUGUAAGGUUAAGUGAAGCCCGAAAGAUUGCCUCAGUUUAGAUUAUUAUUAUCUACAACUCAGGAAUAUGAAAUUUAGAACUUAUUAAUAAUUGUGUAGCAUGCCAUGUAAAUGUGUGCCAGGAUCGAGUUUGUAGGCUCCACAUUCAGAGUUCCUUAAUUAUUCCUUCCAGGCUUGGCUCUAGAGUCUAGUCUGUACGGGUUCAACGGAAGCUUCUUGUGAUGGGCUAGCAGCUUGUGGUUGUCGUGACGCUGGACUCCAACAAUUGUACCCACUGUUUUUUUCUGUAAAUUUGUUGCUGGGCUGCUUGGUUCGGCUGCUUUAGUUUCCUACAGCAAUUCCAAAAGAUUGUUUUAGAU